CAUCUCCAACACCAUGGACUUGCAGUAGACUUUGAAGGUUUGGUACAAGGUGACAAAGUCCUGGGUGCUGAACAUGGUGUCUGCCAGAGCCGGACCCAGAGUGGACGGGAUGAAACCUCGACCGUAUUCCACCAUCCACGUCCCAGCGGUCCACUGGACGGCCGCAGCCUCGCCCAUACCGUGCAUCACGGUGUCACCUGCAGGGCAGAGGAGGAAAAGAGCACCAGCACCUGCGUUACAACCCUCUGAAGGACUGCUGGGUUCUGGUCUCAGCCCACCGCAUGAGGAGACCCUGGGCUGGUCAGCUGGAAAAACCUCCUGAAGAACACGUACCCAGAUAUGAUCCCCGCAAUCCACUCUGUCCUGGAAACACACGUGCUAAUGGGGAGGUGAAUCCAGACUAUAAAAGCACUUUUGUAUUUGAAAAUGACUUCCCCGCCCUCCAGCCAGAUGCUCCAGAUCCUGGUGGUUCAGACCAACAUCCAUUGUUCCAGUCUAAAGCUGCCAGAGGGGUGUGUAAGGUCAUGUGUUUCCAUCCCUGGUCUGAUGUCACACUCCCUCUCAUGAACAAAGAAGAGGUUGUCAAGGUGAUUGACAAGUGGGCAGAGCUUGUGGAAGAACUAGGUGCCACCUACCCCUGGGUUCAGAUAUUUGAAAAUAAAGGAGCCAUGAUGGGUUGUUCCAAUCCACACCCUCAUUGUCAGGUGUGGGCCAGCAACUUCCUACCAAAUGAGCCAGCUUUGUCAGAUCGCUGUCAGAGAGCGUUUUAUGAAAAACACAAAGAGCCGCUGCUGCUGCAAUACGCCAAGCAAGAAGCUGAGAAAAAGGAGCGGUUGGUGGUGAUGAAUGCUGACUGGCUGGCUGUGGUGCCUUAUUGGGCGACGUGGCCCUACCAGUUGCUGCUCUUACCUCGACGACAUGUCCUCAGAAUAAAUGAACUCACCACAGAGGAGAGGGGUAGUCUGGCUGACAUCAUGAAGCAGCUGCUGACCAAGUACGACAAUCUCUUUGAAGUGACCUUUCCCUACUCCAUGGGCUGGCAUGGAGCUCCGACUGGCCCACACUUAGAAGAAGACAACUCCCACUGGCAGCUGCACGCUCACUACUACCCUCCUCUGCUGCGCUCCGCCACCGUCAAGAAGUUCAUGGUGGGCUAUGAGAUGCUCGCCCAGGAGCAGAGAGACCUCACUCCUGAACAGGCAGCAGAGAAGCUCCGGGAUGUGCCAGAUGAGCACCAUCAAGACAGACAAGAACAAAGGGAAGGUACAUAAAGGAACAUUUCUGGUGGGAAAAAAGAAAGAAAAAAUCUAGUUUACACACAAAAUAUUUUCCAUACAGAAUUGAAUUUCAUUUAUUUAGUCCGAAAAUGUUAGUGAUGUUUCGGUCAGAUUCCGAUACCAAUCAUCCCCGAGUGAGAUUGGCCGAUACCAGCGAUAUCACUCACAUGUACUCACUUUAAACUUGUCAAUGUAUUAUUGUGUUUAAUAAUAUCACUUCCCGCUAACUGCGACUCUGAGCAAACAAACAGAACUGAGCUAAUGCUGCUAUGUCUGGGCACACAUCAUUUACGGUCGCAACAGGCUCCGCCUUUUAAAGACACACACACACACACACACACACACACACACACACACACACACACACACGCACACACACACACACACACACACACACACACACUCUGGUCUCAUGAAACAUUUCAACUGCUUAUGCCAGAUAUUUGAAGUUUUUUCUUUUUUUUUAUACACGCAAUAAUACUUCUCUUAGUAAUGAAAUAUAUUUUUUGAAGAGGACCAGUAUUUCAAUUAGUAAUUAGAUUACCUUUUGCCAAAGUUACAAAUGACUAUAAUAUAUAACUUUUUAAAAGUAAUAUUUCUAACGAUGAUUGUAGUACAUAUAAGGCAUGAAUGUCAUUUAAUUUAGGCCAAAAAUGUGUCAAAUUGGCUUAAAAUAAAAAAGGGGGGGGGAAAUGUGAUGAAGUGAAAUUGCUAAAUGUUCAGCAGGAUGUGGCGAAAGAUGACUAACUGGCACGUUGUCAUAAUGGUAAUUGUUUGUAUAUGUUUUAUAUUGUUUUUAUGAAUUGUCUAUAAUCUAAAUCCAAUCAACAGACACUUGUACACAGCACUAUCACAGUCUGAAUCAUGACUGUCACAUUUAUUUCUAUUUUUAUUUGUUUCGGUCAAAAAGUUGCACCAGUAAUUUUGCCAUAAUUUAAACUGAAUGUGACAAUUUGAUGUUUUUGAAACGACCUCCUUUUUCUUCUCUCUAACUGAAAUUGAAAUAAACAUGAUUGGAGUGCUUCCAAACUCUGAGCAAUUACAAGAAGUGUAAUAUUCAACUUAAUAUAUCCAACACUUAUUUUUGCC